CGUUAACGUGCACGAUCACCAAACACUGAUUGAAUUAAAGUCAAGAUGGCGACCGAGGGCGAAUACGAGUCGAUCCUGUGUGUGAAACCUGACGUCAACGUUUACCGAAUCCCGCCGCGGGCAUCGAACCGGGGAGUCAGGUAAGAGACCCGGUUCCGGCACCAUCAACCGGUGACCUUGCCCUGGUUUGACUCCAGCAUCAUUUGUUUGGCGUGGCAAUAUAUCAACCUCCCCGUAGGCAAAGCUCUUGUCUUCACAUCAAGGCAAUGCAUUGCCCAUAUAAUGGCUAUGAUGGUCGUCUCUGUCGCCUUUGCAGUGCGCAAUAGCUUUUCUAUGGUGGCCUACCAGGCAAACUGGUUGACUUCUAUUACGGAGGAAUAGUCUACCACCAGAUGUCAAGGCUGUGCGUAGUGGGAUGGAUAGGGAGAAUACACCUGUUAUUAUUGUAGUCCACCUGACGGUAUCAGACAAUGACAUUGAAUCCUGUUUACAGUGCGAAAACGUGACCGUGUCGUGUCCCCCUUUGACAGAAUGUGCUUUGACUGCUCUGUGCUUUGGGGCGAAUGUUUAGUGAAAGGAUAUAGUGGGUACUACGGUAUUUAAAGGUCCAUAGGAUUAGUGAGAUUUUUACUCCCUCGUAGGAUUAUCUGGGCAUUUUCUCUGUUGUAGCCUACCCUAUUACUUUCUAACCAGGGUUCGUUAAAGGAUCUCUUGUUGACAGUGACUUCAGUCCUAUUAGGCUACAGUCUACGGUUGGCAGUGUGUGUGUGUGACUAUAUUGUGUUUACCCAUUUGUUCAUUGGCUGGUGUUUUAACGCGAUCCAGUCUAUCUGCAUGCUGACUGGACAGCGUUCCAUACUGUAUCUUUCUCCUGGGAGCUGAUUGGCUGACCACCAGUAACUUGCCAUCACCAAGCACAAAGCUGAGUCUGUUGUGUGAUGUAGUGAGUAAUAAUAAUGAGGGAAUAUUCCACCCCAGGUCUGGUGAACUGCCAGCCCAGUCACCUUGUUAUUUCUUCUUCUCCUGACUUCACUCUCAUUUCAGUAGCAAGGUGUAGUGGUUGGUUAUCAACAACAUGGUAUCCCUCUUUCUGACACACACCUAUACAGUCAGUCUCAUCUCUGAUUGGCUGUCUGUGUCUCCCUCAGGGCGGCGGAUUGGAAGCUGGAUGCCCCUGAUUGGACAGGCCGUAUGAGAGUGACGGCUCGGGGAAAAGUGGCUUUCAUCAAACUGGAGGACAAGAUCUCUGGUGAGAGGCCAAAUUGUCCCCUAGCCCCUAGCCCAGGGUUACCCAAUAGGUGGCCCGCAGGCCACAUUUUAUUCGGCCCCCCAAGUUUUAAAUGUUUACAUUAUUAUUUUUUUGUUCUUCGAUAUAAAAGACUGUAAAAUCACCAGGAGAUUAGUUCAAGGUAAUUUUUAUUUAGGAGAUCUGUUCCCAAGUAUCCUCACGCAUAAAUAGAGAGGCGUAUGUGAUCGUAUCCCAAUGUAAUCAACGUUUGAAAUUAUUCUGUUUUUGUCAAAUACUAUAUCUGUUUCUUGCGGUCAAUUUGCAGUGUACAAAUUAUUUAUAGCUAUGUUCCAACCAUCCGCUCAAGGAAAAAUUGGCCCACGGCUGAAUGUAAUUGGGGACCCCUGCCCUAGCCCCUAGCCCACCUCUAGGCACUUCUAGUCAGAAGGCCGUCAUGCCCAAUUCCAAAUCGUCACCUGGGCACUUCUUGUUGACCUGAAAGGACUAUGUUAACUGCUCCACCUUGCCGUCUGACUAUUGACUUGAACCGUUAGUUAUAAGGCCUAAGUUAUAACUACCCUCCGUCUCUGCAGGGGAGCUGUUUGCACAGGCACCAGUGGACGAGUACCCUGGCAUCGCCAUAGAAACCGUCAGCGACUCCAGUCGUUACUUUGUGCUUCGGAUCCAGGAUGAGAGUGGUGGGUUGUUGGUCGUCGUCACUUGUCACCAUCUGGCCAUAUUAGAAAGGACAGAAGUAUCACACACUACUUUUCUAUUAGUAGUUUGUGGCAUAUCAAGAAGCUGAUUAAACAGCAUGAUCACAACACAAUGCCACAGAUUUGCUCAAGUUUGAGGGAGUGUCAAUUGCAUGCUGACUGCAGAAUGUCCACCAGAGCUGUGCAGAUAAUUUAAUGUUCAUUUUUCACCAUAAGCCGCCUCAAAACGUGUUUUUAGAGAUUGGCAGUACUCCAACCGUGCCUCACAACACGCAGACACGUGUAAUCACGCCACCCCCAGUACAUCCAAUCCGGCUUCUUCACCUGCAGGAUCAUCUGAGACCAGCCACCUGGACAGCUAUGAAACGAGGAGUAUUUCUGUUGUAUUAUAAAGCACUUUGUGGGGAAACUCAUUUGAUGGCUGGGCCUGGCUCCCCAGUGGAUGUGCUGGCUCCCAAGUGGUGGCCAUGCCCUCCCAGGCCCACCCAUGGCUGAGCCAUGCCCAGUUUAUGUGAAAUCCAUAGAUUAGGACCUAAGUUUAUUUAUUUCAAUGACGAUUUCCUUAGAUGAACUGUAACUCAGUCAAAUUGUUGAAAUUGCUGCAUGUUGAGUUUGAUAUUUUUGUUCAGUACAGUAGAAAUAGAUAACACGAAUAACAAGGUAUGUUUGGAUCAUUUGAGUGUAUAGAAGGACAGUAUUUAACAGCUUUGGAGUCACAAUCAGUGUUUCUCACGUGCUAUGUCUCUGUGUUUAGGAUCAGUUGUGACGAAGUGAUUUGAUUUUGUAACUUACAUGGUUUAUGUUCAUUCUCUGGCCUCUGUCUCUCAGGUCGCAGUGCGUUCAUAGGCAUCGGGUUUGGGACAGAGGGGACCGUUUGACUUCAACGUGGCGCUGCAGGACACUUUAAGGUGUUGCUCUACGCUGUCAGCUGUCACAACAUGGAUACAUUCUCAUAACAUUAGCAAACAAGUACAGCUCAGAGCUAAAAUGUGACUUCUAACUGACAUUAAUUUUUAAUAGCCUACAUUUGUUUCACUCUAUAACUCCAAAUUCAUUGAAAGGGCUCAUGACAUGGAAACAUUUUUUUGCCAAUGCAGUGAAUAACAAUCACAAAUACCAAACAUUAUGCACACAACAUUUUCAAAGAAUAAGAGGCUUGAAUGUAUACGUCUCUCCUUUUGCCCUCUAUUCUAUCUAUUACUGUAAUAUAUAUAUCUUUCUCUCUCUUUGUUAACUCUCUCUCUCUGUCCUCUCAGGUGGGUUGAAACAGGAGCUUGAGAUCAGUAGCAGUCUCAGACUCAGAACAACACUCCUAAACUGGACCUGGUUUCAAAGAGGGACAGACCAUCACUCUCAAUACGGUUAACUUCCUCAAACUCACACCCAUAAAUCUCUACAUGGUACAUCUGGUUUAGCGCUUAACAACUCAAAAGCGAACAUGCACGCACAGUUUGCAAACCCAUGCUCUGUUUUCAAAGCUUUUCAAGCUAUCACUCAAACACCUAUUCCUCUCAAUCUUCCUUCUCACCCGUCCCUCUCUUUCUUUUCUGUCCCUCUCAGCAAGGCAAAAGAAACAAUCCGCCCAGAGUGCUGUGCUUGGCUCCUUCCUCCUCACCUGCGGUGUGACGCCAAAAAGCCUCCCUAUUAACCAAACAUGUAAAGGUUUGUCCAGUGAGGAAAUUCAUUUCCGGAAGAGUGCUCUUUCUCAAAAAAUGACACGUUUGUUACACCUUAAGCGAGCAUUCCCUCUGCCAGAAUAAUUAACCACGAAGGGGGAUAUAAGAAGCUGAUUCAGGAAAGCUACACACAAAUGCCACAGAUUUUGGCCAAGUUUGAGGAGGUGUGCAUGCAUCGCUGACUGGGGAAACUUCAGACGGGCAUGUAUAGUGCUUUCUUGAGCAGGGAGACUUGCGGGCGCUGCAGGAUUUCAGUCCUUCACGGCGUAGUGUGUUACCAAUUGUUUUCUUGGUGACAAUGGUCCCAGCUGCCUAGAGAUCAUUGACAAGAUCCUCCCUUGUAGUUCUUGGCUGAUUCCUCACCGUUUUCAUGAUCAUUGCAACUCCACGAGGUGAGAUCUUGCAUGGAGCCCCAGGCCGAGGGAGAUUGACAGUUCUUUUGUGUUUCUUCCAUUUGCGAAUAAUCGCACCAACUGUUGUCACCUUCUCACCAAGCUGCUUGGCGAUGUUCUUGUAGCCCAUUCCAGCCUUGUGUAGGUCUACAAUCUUGUCCCUGACAUCCUUGGAGAGCUCUUUGGUCUUGGCCAUGGUGGAGAGUUUGGAAUCUGAUUGAUUGCUUCUGUGGACAGGUGUCUUUUAUACAGGUAACAAACUGAGAUUAGGAGCACUCCCUUUAAGAGUGUGCUCCUAAUCUCAGCUCGUUACCUGUAUAAAAGACACCUGUGAGCCAGAAAUCUUUCUGAUUGAGAGGGGGUCAAAUACUUAUUUCCCUCAUUAAAAUGCAAAUCAAUUUAUAACAUUUUUGACAUGCGCUUUUCUGGAUUUUUUUGUUGUUAUUCUGUCUCUCACUGUUCAAAUAAACCUACCAUUAAAAUUAUAGACUGAUCAUUUCUAAGGACAGAACUAUCCAAACACUACUUUUCUAUUAGUAGUAUUUAUACUGAACAAAAAUAUAAACACAACAUGUAAAGUGUUGGUCCCAUGUUUCAUGAGCUGAAAUAAAAUAUCCCAGAAAUUUUCCAAACGCACAAAAAACAUUAUUUCUCUAAAAAAUAGUGUUUACAUCCCUUUUAGUGAGCAUUUCUCCUCUGCCAAGAUAAUCUAACCACCUGACAGGUGUGGCAUAUCAAGAAGCUGAUUAAACAGCAUGAUCACAACACAAUGCCACAGAUGUCUCAAGUUUUGAGGGAGUGUGCAAUUGGCAUGCUGACUGCAGGAAUGUCCACCAGAGCUGUUGCCAGAUAAUUUAAUGUUCAUUUUUCUACCAUAAGCCGCCUCAAACGUCGUUUUAGAGAAUUUGGCAGUACGUCCAACCGGCCUCACAACCGCAGACCACGUGUAACAACGCCACCCCAGUACAUCCACAUCCGGCUUCUUCACCUGCAGGAUCAUCUGAGACCAGCCACCCGGACAGCUGAUGAAACGGAGGAGUAUUUCUGUCUGUAUUAUAAAGCACUUUUGUGGGGAAAAACUCAUUCUGAUUGGCUGGGCCUGGCUCCCCAGUGGGUGGGCCUGGCUCCCAAGUGGGUGGGCCUAUGCCCUUCCAGGCCCACCCAUGGCUGUGCCCCUGCCCAGUUAUGUGAAAUCCAUAGAUUAGGGCCUAAUUUAUUUAUUUCAAUUGACUCAGUAAAAUUGUUGAAAUUGCUGCAUGUUGCGUUGAUAUUUUUGUUCAGUACAGUAGAAGUAGUAUAACACAGUAAUAACAAGGUAUGUGUUGGAUCAUUUGAGUGUGUAGAAUGGAACCGUAUUCUACUACAGCAUUUGGAGUACACAAUCAGUUGUUUCUCACUGUGCUAUUUCGCUGUGUUUUAGGAUCAGUGUGUGUACGAAGUGAUUUGAUUUGUAACUUACAUUGGUUUAUUGUUCUUCUCUGGCCUCUGUCUCUCAGGUCGCAGUGCGUUCAUAGGCAUCGGGUUUGGGGACAGAGGGGACUCGUUUGACUUCAACGUGGCGCUGCAGGACCACUUUAAGUGUGUUGCUCUUACAGCUGUCAGCUGUCACAACAGAGAUAACAUUAGCAAAACAAGUACAGCUCAGAGCUAAAAUGUUGACUUCUAACUGACAUGAAUUAGUAAUAGCCUGACAUUUGUUUCACUCUAUAACUCUCAAUUCAAUUCAAAGGGGCUUUAUUGACAUGGAAAACAUAUGUUUAUAUUGCCAAAGGAAGUGAAAUAAACAAUCGCAAAUUAACAGUAAACAUUAUGCACACAACAUUUUUCAAAAGAAUAAAGACGCUUGAAAUGUUAUAACGCUCUCUCCCUUUUGCCCUCUCAUUCUCUAUCUAUUUACUGUAUAUAUAUAUAUAUAUAUAUAUCUUUCUCUCUCUCUUGUUACCUCUCUCUCUCUGUCACUCUCUCAGGUGGGUGAAACAGGAGCUUGAGAUCAGUAAGCAGUCUCAGACUCCAGACAACACUCCUAAACUGGACCUGGGUUUCAAAGAGGGACAGACCAUCACUCUCAAUAUCGGGGUAAAUUUCUCAACUCACACCCAUAAUACUCCUACCAUGGUACCAUCUGGUUAGCGCUUAACAACUCAAAAGCGAACAUGCACGCACACGUUGCAAACCCAUGCUCUGUUUCAAAGCUUUGUCAAGCUAUCACUCAAACACCUAUUCCUCUCUCCUUCCUUCUCACCCGUCCCCUCCUCUCUUUCUAUCCAUUUCUGUCCCUCUCUCAGCAAGGCAGAAAGAGAGACAAGUCCCGCCCCCAGAGUGCUGGUGGCUUUGGGCUCCUCCCUCCUCCCCCUGGUGGUGGUGGCGCCAAGAUAGCCCCUCCCCCUAUGUCAAGCUCCUCCAAUGACAAUGAAGGGUUAUUCUCAGGGGGAGACUUAUUCUCUGCGGGAAGUGACUCAUUUUCAGGGGAAAGUGACACGUUUUCAGGAGGAAACAACAUAUUCUCAGCAGGAAGUGACAUGUUCUCAGGGGGAAGUAACACAGGUAGGUGAACAGCAUUUUGGGCCACAUUCAGCGAGGUGUAAUGCUACUGGUUGUUCAGAUAGAUAUACACUACAUGACCAAAAGUCAAACAUCUAAUUCCAAAAUCAUGGGCAUUAAUAUGGAGUUGGGCCCCCCCUUUGCUGCAAUAACAGCCUCUACUCUUCUGGGAAGGCUUUCCACUAGAUGCUGUGGGGACUUGCUUCCAUUCAGCCACAAGAGCAUUAGUGAGGUUGGGUACUGAUGUUGGGCGAUUAGACCUGGCUCGCAGUCGGCAUUCCAAUUCAUCCCAAAGGUGUUCGAUGGGGUUGAGGUCAGGGCUCUGUGCACGCCAGUCAAGUUCUUCCACACUGAUCUCGACAAACCAUUUCUGUAUGGACCUCGCUAUGUGCACAGGGGCAUUGUCAUGCUGAAACAGGAAAGGGCCUUCCCCAAACUGUUGCCACAAAGUUGGAAGCACAGAAUUGUCUAGAACGUCAUUGUAUGCUGUAGCAUUAAGAUUUCCCUUCACUGGAACUAAGGGACCUAGCCUGAACCAUGACAAACAGCCCCAGACCAUUAUUCCUCCUCAACCAAACUUUACAGUUGGCACUAUACAUUGAGGCAGGUAGAUUCGUCCAUCAGACUGCCAGAUGGUUAAGCGUGAUGCAAUUGGCAUGCUGACUGCAGGAAUGUCCACCAGAGUUGUUGCCAGAUCAUUUAAUGUUAAUUUCUUUACCAUAAGCCGCCUCCAACGUCGUUUUAGAGAAUUUGGCAGUACGUCCAACCUGCAUCACAACCGCAGACCACGUGUAACCACGCCAGCCCAGGACCUCCACAUCCGGCUUCUUCACCUGUGGGAUCGUCUGAGAACAGCCACCUGGACUGCUGUUGAAAUUGAGGAGUAUUUCUGUCUGUUAUAAAGCCCUUUUGUGGGGAAAAACUAAUUCUGAUUGGCUGGGCCUGGCUCCCCAGUUGGUGGGCCUAUGUCCUCCCAGGCCCACCCAUGGCUGUGCCCCUGCUCAGUCAUGUGAAAUCCAUAGAUUAGGGCCUAAUGGAUUUAUUUAAAUUGACUGAUUUCCUUAUAUGAACUGUAACUCAGUAAAAUCAUUGAAAGUGUUGCAUGUUGCGUUUAUAUUUUUGUUCAGUAUAGAUUAUGAAGACAGGUAUUCUGCUCUGGCAUGUAGAAUAGGGGAUGUGGUACGCUCCAUACAAGACAAUUCUAUGUGCAACAUUCAAAACGUUGUGUUCUCCUGAACGCGACCCUGUUCUCAUAUUGCUGCUUCUGAUUCAUCUGUUUGUUUAUCUUGUUCGGUUACCCUAGUAACUGCUUUUUCUGCAUAGCGCUUUUUGCUAACAUUGUUGAAGACUAUUUUUACAGUUCCCCAAACCAUGCUGUGAAUUCAUUUGACUGAAGGGAAAAAGUGCAUGUUUAUAUGCCACUGUGUAAUUAGGUUAAGGAUUGAAUGGGGCCCUGGGUGUUUUUUCUUUUAGUUUUAUGAGCUAACCAAGAAAAAGGCUAUUGUCAUUAGAGUAUGAAUGGGGAGAAAGCAGUAGAGGUUGUGUAUUGAAAGGUUUGAUGUGUGUUGUCUCCAUAGAGAUCCUAUUAAAUUAGUAUUCUAAUUCCUAAUUCUAUGGUUGUCUCUCUGUUCUCAGGCUGUUUGUUAGACCUGGACAGCAGUAACUCCAACUCUGUGGUGCAGCCGAACCCCAACCCUACAGGCGGCUCGGACAUGUGGGGAGACUUCUCUGCCCCAGAAAAGUAAGGGGAUAAUCUUCUCUCUCUUUCAUCCUUUUCUCUCUUCUUUCAUUAUUCUGUUCCCCCCAUUAAUGCUCUCCUCUUUUUCCCCUUAACGCAGGUCAAUGUCUCCGCUCGCCAACGAUGAUGGUUCCACCAACUGGCAGCAGUUCUGAGGCCAUCCCACAAUCCCUUUCACCUGACCUUCACCUGACCUUUAACCCCUGACCAGAGGAGGACACUGUAUAUUAUCACCUCAACCUCAGUGCACUCUCUCCCUCUCUUCCCCCUCUCUUUAUUUGUCUCUCUCACACCCUGCCCCCACUCUCAUCACCCCUCUCCUGGCUUCCUCUCCCUCUACAUCUUUCCCUCUCAGUUUCAACGCUACACUCUCUCCCCCUCUGUCCCCCUCUCCUUGCCCUCCUCUCCCUCUGUCUCUUUCUCUAUCUAUUGCAACAGAGUAUUUAUUUACUACUGAGGGAAAAGACUGAGGUUAAAUCGCUCUAAAUGAAAGAUGGUACAGAAAGGAAUGAUGGUGACUCACACUAAUAUAGUCUUGAUAAAAAACAAAUGAAUUAAUUUAUGUACAGAAUAUAUUAUUGUAAAUGUAUAUAUUGUCAGUAGUUUGUAAUUCCCGUUGUUGUGGUAGUGUCGUAGCUAAUUUUCCUUUAGAAUCUCCAGUACAACUGGAAUUAUCGCCUGAAAUAACUAAUUUACAGGCUUGCCUGGAUGCAUUAGUAUAUGACCAAGUUAUCUGAUCUAAGGUCAGUUUUGCUUUUUCCUCUUAAUUACUAAGGUUAGGCCACGGUGAGUCUGGAGCUGGGCUUUGGAGCAGCUUCUGCUUUGAGUGGACACUGAUCUACUGUAAGUUUACACAGCAGUCAUGCUGUUUGGCGCCCCUUAGUGGGCUAUUGCGGUCCUACAACCACAGUCUGACAGGGAGAGUGGUGAGAUGUGGACAUUAUCACUGCUGGGGAUGGGAACUUGGCUGGGUCACUUGGCUGCGUUGUUUUAACAUGAGGCUGGUGUUAGUUGGUCAAUUAACACCGAAAUGGAGGGAGCGAUAGGAAAAAAGAGUGGUCUGAUUGAGUGAAGGGAUAGCAGAGUGAUGGGAUGAAAGGGUAAGAUGGGUGGGGUCUGAGGAGGGAUGGAGGGUGAGGAGGGGGUUAAACCCAUGGGGUGAUAGACAGGCCUGAUUUAGGCCUUGUGAUGUAAUCAACAGUCAAGGGGUUUCUGGGUAGAGAUGACUCAUUUAGGUCACGACUCUUGCCCUGCUGGAUGAAUAGCCCUGUGUGUGUUGUAUAUACAACUGUCCGUCCGUCCGUCCGUCCGUCAGUGUUCUAUACGUUGAACCCUGGAACUAACUUUAACUCUGUCAAUGCAGUGAGACCAUUCCAGUCCUUGUGAGAUGCAGUGUUUUACUUUACUGUUGUGUUGUUUAUUUUGAGAGAAAGGAUGGAGGGAUAGAAGGGGAUAAUGCAGUACAGGACAUCAUAGUGCAAUAUUACAGUAAGCCAUGUAUGUGGCUUUUGUACUUAUCAUUGUGUGUGUCUUUCUCUCAUGGACUCAAACAUAUGCAUUGAUUGAUGACAUGAUGUUUAUUAAUGACGUGAUAAUUGAUUGAUUUCCUGUGUGAGCACACGGCUAGUGGGAGAACUGGUAUGAACUGGUGAGUCUGUGUAGACCCUACCUAUGUUUGUUUAUGUGUUUCUUCUUGUCAUUACAAAUACAAUAUGUGUGUAUGUAAAUGUGUAUGUAUUGAAAAUAAAAGUAUAAAGAUAUCAAC